CUUGCACGCGCGAAUUGGUGCGAAAACACUUUCGCUUGAGUCGUGGUGGCCGUUCAUCGUUCAUCUGUCUUUUGCUCCAGAAAACUGGCGAGUUAGAUGUCCCUCGACAAAUAUCAGGUUUCCAACCGAAAAUAAUGGCCACAAAUUCGGCUGACAAAGCGUAUAAGUGCAACAAGUGUCCGUCAAGUUUCUCUCAGCUGCGCCCACUGAGACAGCACCAUGUUGAUAAACACAACUUUGAAGUCAAUUACGAAACUCAUGAGUUCAAUUGCGAAGCCGAUUUCAAGGCAUGGAAAGAGGGGUUAGAGAAGGCAUCCAAUAGCCAUUUUAUUAAACGGACGGGGGCAAAGAGAAGUCAAGAUGGCAGCUUCAGGCACUAUUACAUCUGCAACCGAUCAGGCAGUUUUAGUGCUCGGACGACAACCAGUGACAGGAAAAGAGCAAUAAAGUCGCAAGGAUCCGUGAAGUGUGGGCGAACGUGCCUUGCAGAGAUGUCUGCAACAUUCCACAACGGCAAAGUUUCCGUCGUUUUUCAAUCCUCCCACUAUGGACAUGAGCUUGAGCUUUGUCAUAACCUAUUGACGAAAAAAACAGAGAGAGAUGCAAUUGCUGCGAUGAUGCCCGCAAUGGAACUCAUUAAACGAGAACCGCAAGACUGCUCUUCGAGUGAACAUCUGCUCAUCGUAGUGAAGACGGAGCCCUACAAUUCUACAAUUUCUAAAGGGCAGGAUGACGUUGGCUACAGCGAUGACACAUCCUCGGAAGAAGGUCCAGCAAGCACCGGUAUACUUCGUAUUAAGGACGAGCCCCAAGACAUCUGUGACAUCAACGCAACAACAGCUCAGCUUCCAUUCGACGAUGCAGUCCCAGUGACUGUGGACGGUCGACCGACGGAUUCCAAGCCGGGAGACCAUACUCCAGACCAGAAGAACGAAACCCAAGCAACAAGGGAAUCAUCAGCCUCUGACCAUGAGAUGGACAAGAUGUACAAGUGCAACGUUUGUUUGGCUACAUGCAUUGACAUAGGCCCCUUGGAAGUUCGCCUCAGCGCUAACAAAGUGAACACGUUCACCUGCGACACAUGCCGGCACAAACAGACACACACAGGCGUGAAGCUGCAUAGAUGCGAUAUCUGUUCUGCAGAGUUCUGCCGCAGCGCAAACCUACGGCGUCACAGGCGGAUACACACAGGCGAGAAGCCAUACAAAUGUGAUCUCUGUCCCGCAAAAUUUAGCCGCAGCACGAGCUUGCAGGGCCACAAGCUGACACAUACGGGCGAGAAGCCAUACAAGUGCAGUGUUUGUCCUGCCGAGUUCAGCCAGAGCAAAAACCUGCGGCGACACCAGGUGAUACACACGGGCGAAAAACCGUACAAAUGCGUCCUCUGUUCUGCAGAGUUCAGUAGCAGGACAGUCCUUCAGCGUCACAAACACACACACACGGGCGAAAAACCAUACAAGUGUGAUCUCUGUCCUGCAAAGUUCAGUCAGGGCAUGCACCUGCAGCGUCACAAGCAGAUACAUAUGAACGAGAAGCCAUACAAGUGCGAUUUCUGUGGUGCAGAGUUCAGCCGCAGCAUGGACCUGCAGCGUCACAUGAUGACGCACACAGGCAGGAAGCUGCACAAGUGCAAUCUCUGUCCUGCAGAGUUCAACCGCAGCACAGACUUUCAGCGUCACAUACUCAAACACACGGGUGAAAAGCCAUACAAGUGCGAUCUCUGUGCUGCAGAGUUCACCCGCCCUUCAAGCCUGCGGUACCACAAGCAGACACACACGGAGGAGAAGCCGUACAAGUGCGACCUCUGUCCUGCAGAGUUCUACCACAGCACGAGCUUGCGGAGCCACAAGUAUACGCACACGGGCGAGAAGCCAUACAAGUGCAACCUUUGUCCUGCAGAGUUCAGCCACAGCACAACCUUGUGGUGCCACAAGCGGACACACACACGCGAGAAGCCGUACAAGUGCGACCUCUGCCCUUCAGAGUUCAGUCACAGCAGGACCUUGUGUUGGCACGUCAAGCAGACACACGAGAGAGAAACCGUACAAGUGUGGCACUCCUCAUGCUAAAUUCAGACGCAGCACAGACCUGCUGUGCUACUUGCAGAUGCGCACAGGUAAGAAGCCCCACAAGUGCCCUGCAGAGUUCGGCCUCAUCACGAAACUGCAGUGCCACAAGCAGAUGCACAGGGAGGGGGGAGUAGCAAUACAAGUGCAGUCUCUGUCCUUUCAAGUUCAGCCUGAGGACACAUCUGUAGUGUCAGAAGCAGUGUCACCAGCUGACAUACAUGGGAAAGAAGCCAUACAAGUGCAGUUUCUGUCCUGCAUAGUUCUGCAGCAGCACGGACCUUCCACAUUACAAGCACACGCACACACUGGCAAGAAGCCAUGCAAGUCUGAUCUCUGUCCUGCAAAGUUCAGUCGGAGUGUGCACCUGUGUCAUCACAAGCUGACACAUACGUGGGAGAUGGAGGCCGUACAAGUGUCUCCUCUGUUCUGUUGCAGGUCCUCGAUCCGGGAACCAGAAGAAUCUCAUGGUGACGUAUGGAGAGAAAAGACUUUACAGAUGCCACUGUGCCCCACUGCGUUUAAUUCCUGUCGGUUUUUUAAAACUUGCAAUCAUGGACAAGCUGAGGCGUUCGUGACUGUGACCUGAUCAGACCGGACCUGUCUGACGUGUGUCAGACCGAAAACUUUAUUGUUUUCAGUUCAGACAUAUAUAUGGGUUCUAACUGGUUCACAAUAUGGACAGAACAACUCAAACCACAGACCAAAAGGAGGGAAAAAAAUAAGAAUCCACCUCACCAGAAGCUCAAGGUCAUUAAACUCAUAACCUUGUGUUCGUGUAACAGCCCCUGGAAUCAGAGAUGAAAUUCUUGUUUCGUUAGUUGUCAAAUAAAUGCUGUUGAGAGUA